AUGUUCCGGCUCACUGUGGGAAUGCAGACUCUGGCAGACUUCCAGCCCGUGGCCAGUUCCAGGGGGAGGGGCCAGAUCCUGCAGAUUUGCCGUUGUGUUUCGUGCAUGUUCUUGGCUGCUGUGGCGCUGGUUUUGCUCGAGCUCGGUCCGUCUGUCUCUCUCGCUGCCAGCUCCCAGAACACAAGCACCCUUUAUACUGCUGCCAAUCACAACCAGAUGUGCCCAGACUUCUGGUUUCAAAUCGCUCCGUCCUGCUCUGCGGCCGAGGCGAGAGGAGGCACAAAACAAACCCGAAUCUGGGAGUCGGAAAUGGCAGGCACGCAUACACAGACCGAGACAAAGCCAGACCAGAGUGAUCCCAGAGGCCCCAGCAGAUCUCUCAGUCUGAAAUGUCGUCCACAAACGUGUUUUAUUGCAGCGGACGGCGGUGAUGUCUCGCUCGCCCGUCCCCCUCAGGACCAGAGUCUGACCAGAUCCAAACUGACACCAGCAAAACAUCUGCUGCAGACGGACCAGGAACGCCUGCUCCACUGA